AUCAAAAUAAAGUAAUAAUUUCCUCCUGACUCAUCUUCCUUGAAGUAAAGUCAACUGUUCAGAAUUCUCAUAGAUCUGCAAGCUAACUUACCUUACCUACUUCACUCAUCACUCAGAAAAACAUGGCAGUAGCUUUGAUUGGAGGUUCCUUUCUAUCUGCUUCUGUUCAAACCUUAAUGGACAAACUAGCUUCAAAAGAUUUUCAAGAUUACUUCAACAACAAAAACCUGAAUAUCUCACUCUUAAGACAAUUAGAAACAACACUGUUAGCUUUUCAGGCUGUAUUGGAUGAUGCAGAACAUAAGCAAAUCAACAAUCUUGCUGUCAAACAAUGGCUUGAUGAGUUAAAGGAUGCAAUUUUCGACGCAGAGGAUUUGCUUAACCAAAUCAGUUAUGAUUCCUUGCGAUGUAAGAUGGAGAAUAUACAAGCUGAAAAUAUCACUAAUCAGGUUCGAAACUUUCUUUCGUCUCCUUUUAAAAGCUUCUAUGGAGAGAUCAAUUCUCAAAUGAAGAUCAUGUGUCAAAGGCUUCAACUUUUUGCACAGCAGAAAGAUAUCCUUGGUUUGCAAACUGUGAGCGGGAGAGUUUCUCGUAGAAUGCCUUCAAGUUCGUUAGUAAAUGAAUCUGUUAUCGUUGGUAGGACCGAUGAUAAACAGAAAUUAAUGAAUAUGUUGUUAUCAGAUAGAGGUAUAGGCAAUAAUAUAGGCGUUAUCGCAGUUUUGGGCAUGGGAGGUGUUGGAAAAACAACCCUUGCUCAACUUCUUUACAAUGAUAAGGAAGUUCAAGAACAUUUUGAGUUGAAAGCUUGGGCAUGUGUGUCAGAGGAUUUUGAUAUUUUGAGAGUAACCAAAACUCUUCUCGAAUCUGUUACUUCGAGAUCUUGGGAAAGCAACAAUCUCGAUUUCCUUCGAGUUGAAUUAAAGAAAAACUCAAUAGAGAAGAGAUUUUUGUUUGUGUUGGAUGAUAUGUGGAAUCAUAGUUAUAAUGAUUGGGAUGAGCUAAUAAGUCCCUUCAUUAAUGGAAAAUCUGGAAGUAGAGUGAUCAUGACAACGCGGCAUCAAAAAGUUGCAGAUGUUGCACAUACAUUUCCAAUUCAUAAAUUAGAUCCUUUAUCUGAUGAAGACAGCUGGUCUUUACUCUCGAAGCAUGCUUUCGAAAGUAACGAAUUUCAUGAAACCAAACAUAUAGACCUAGAAGCAAUAGGUAGGAAGAUUGCAAGAAAAUGUGGAGGGUUGCCAAUAGCUGCUAAAACACUUGGAGGACUUUUACGUUCAAAGGUAGAUCGAAAAGAGUGGACUGCAAUUUUGAACAGUGAUAUAUGGAACUUACCGAAUGAUAAUAUAAUGCCUGCUUUGUUUUUGAGUUAUCAAUACCUUCCCUCGCAUUUGAAAAGAUGUUUUGCUUAUUGUUCAAUUUUUCCAAAGGAUUAUUUCAUUGAUAAGAAGCAAUUGAUUUUGUUGUGGAUGGCAGAAGGUUUCCUUGAACAUUCUCAAGGUGAAAAUGCAGCCGAGAAAGUAGGUGAUGAUUACUUUGUUGAAUUGUUAUCCAGAUCCUUAAUUCAACAAUAUGAUACACAACAAUUUGUCAUGCAUGACCUUGUCAAUGAUUUAGCUACAUUAGUAUCAGGAAAAAGCUGUUGUAGACUUGAAUGUGGUGAUAAAAUCUCUAAAAACAUACGCCAUUUUUCUUAUAACCAAGAAGAGUAUGACAAUUUCAAGAAGUUUGAGAUUGUCUACGAUUGUAAAAGCUUGCGAAGCUUUCUGCCUAUUGGCUCUUGGAGGGGAAAAAAGUACUUGUCUACAAUGAUGGUUCAUGAUUUGCUACCCUCAUUUAGAAGGUUGCGUGUGUUAUCAUUAUCUAAUUAUGCAAACCUCACCAUACUUCCAAAUUCAGUGGGUAGUUUGGUGCAAUUGCGCUAUCUAGAUCUCUCCCACACUGAAAUCAAAAGCUUGCCCGAGACAACAUGUAACCUUUACAAUUUGCAAACCAUGCUUUUAUCUAACUGCAGAAAUCUCACUGAAUUGCCAGUGCAUAUCGGAAAGUUGAUCAGUUUACGUCACCUUGACAUCUGCGGGACAAACAUAAAGGAGAUGCCAAUGGAAAUUGUUGGACUGGAAAGUCUUCAAACUCUUACCUUUUUCGUAGUGGGUAGGCAAAAAGUCGGGCUAGGUAUCAAAGAGCUUCGAAAGUUCCCACACCUGCACGGAAAGCUUACCAUCAAGAACUUGCAUAACGUCAUUGAUGCAAUGGAAGCAUAUGAUGCCAAUCUAAAAAGCAAAGAACAAAUUGACGAGUUGGAGCUACAAUGGGGUGAACAAACCGAAGACUCACGAGUAGAGAAAGAUGUGCUAGAUGCAUUGAAACCAUCAAUAAACUUGAAGAAACUGAGCAUUCGCUUGUAUGGUGGGACAAGCUUCCCCACUUGGUUGGGAGAUUCUUUGUUUUCUAAUAUGGUGUCCCUGCGCAUCAAUAAUUGUGAAUACUGCGUUACGCUUCCACCAUUAGGGCAGCUACCUUCUCUCAAGUACUUAUCAAUUAGUGGUAUGGCAAUGUUGGAGACAAUUGGGUCAGAAUUUUAUUAUGUUCAGAGAGGAGAUACAAAUUCUUCAUUCCAACCAUUUUCAUCCCUCGAACGCCUGGAAUUUUGGUACAUGCCAAAUUGGAAGGAAUGGCUUCCAUUUGAAGGUGACAAAUUUCCUUUUCCUCGUCUUAAAACUUUAUGGCUAUACCAAUGUCCUGAACUGAGGGGACAUUUGCCUAGCCAUCUUUCUUCCAUACAAGAAAUUGAAAUAAAUGGUUGUCAUCAUCUCUUGCCGACACAGACUACUCUGCGUUGGCUCUCUUCAAUCAAAUGCAUAACUAUUAUGGGCUCUCAUUGGGAUACUAAAGGGAGCCAGUGGUCAUUACUUGAGAGUGAUUCUCCGUGUCUGCUGCAGGAUGUAAAAAUAUGGUGCUUCCAUACUUUACUGUAUUUGCCUAAGAUGAUUAUAAACAACAAUUGUCUUCGACACUUGACACUCAAUGAUAUUCCUUCUCUUGUUGCAUUUCCCGUUGAUGGUCUACCUACUUCGUUGCAGUCACUUGUUAUUCAUCGGUGUCAGAAUUUAACAUUCUUGCCUCCUGAAACGUGGAGCAGUUACACAUCACUUGUGACAUUGGAGUUAUGGAAUAGUUGUCAAGAACUUACCGCCUUCCCACUGGAUGGUUUUCCUGCGCUACAAAGUAUCCACAUUUAUGGUUGUAAAAGUCUGGAGUCUAUUUUUAUAUCAGACUGUUCUCCCCCUCGCUCGUCAACACUCCAAUCACUUUCAAUCAGUCGUUGUAAGGCACUGCCUCAAAAAAUGGACAGCCUCACCGCUCUUGAACAUUUAUCUCUUUAUGAUCUUCCAAAAGAACUUAAGUUACCAUUUUGUGAAGGUGCCUGCCUACCUCCCAAAUUACGGUCAAUUUAUGUUGUAUCUGCGGGAAUAGCAACUCCGGUAACUGAUUGGGGUCUCCAACACCUGAGCGCUCUUUCAAAAUUGAGUAUUGGUGGCGACGAUGAUAUUGUUACCACCUUGUUGAACGAACGGUUGUUGCCUAUUUCCCUUGUGUCUCUCACAAUCACUCGUCUCUCUAAAAUGAAAUCCUUUGAAGGAAUUGGACUUCGACACCUCUCUUCUCUUGAAAAACUUCAAUUCCGAUAUUUCUCAAGGCUCAAGUAUUUGACAGAAGGCACAUUGCCUUGUAAUCUCAAAUCACUAAAAUUUGAAAAUUGUCCAAGACUCGAGUCUUUGUCAGAAGAUAGUCUCCCUUCCUCUCUUAAGCGAUUGAUCAUUAGGGAAUGCCCUCUGCUAGAAGAAAGGUAUGGAAGUGAGAGAGGAGAACAUUGGUCCAAGAUUGCUCACAUACCUGUCAUAAAAAUAAAUGACAAAGUGACAAUUUGAGCCAUGAGAAGCAAAUAGAAUGAAGUAUUGCACUCUUGUUUGUUUUAGGUACCUUUUUUUUUUGUCAGUAGCUGUUCUCUGUAUGAAAUUUGAUGUUCCUUUGCAAUGAACUCUUUUUACUACAAUUCACAGUCCAGAAGCAACAAAACUGAUGGCAAUAUAGAAUCAAAAGUGUUUAUGUAUACACAAAUUAUGAUCCCAUUUCAAAGAUCCUUCAGGAACAAAUUAUUUAGAACUAAAAUUGGGAGGGGCCGCGCGAACGCAGGCCCCCAAUGCAACAAAUUAUGAUGUAGACUCCACCACUUGGGUAGAUCUUAGGCUAACACCCCUCCUAAGUGCAAUGGAGGUCACUUGCCUAGGCCAUGGACCUUCAUGAUCACCCAUUGACCCCAUCCAGGUAAGUAAGUUUUAAUGAAUCAUACACUUCUCUUUUAUAACACAUGCUGCAUUCUAUUGACUCUAAUAUUAGCGAUGUGGGACUCAAACAACAUGAGAGAGAGUGUUUCAUAAAAACAAAAAAGACCAGCUUCCAUAACACCAUUCUAGUUGCAGCCAACUAUAGAUCUAUAAAUUGUGAUUAGUCCGAAAAUGUAUACAUCAUAAAUAUUUAUUUAAAUAGUACAUCCAAUCGUAGUCUAGUGUUGAAAGUAGACAAUAGAAUGGUGAACUUGGAGACAUUGAAAAAGUUCUUACUAGGAGAUUGAAUGUUCAAACUUCAAACUUCAAAAACACAUAAGAAUAAUUUAUUAAAAUAGUUGGAGAUUAAAAUUUCUUUACAAUAUAGCUACAAAAUAAAGACAAUUCAAUUUCUAUGUAUAUAAUUGUGUGUUCACAUGAGAUCAGUUAGUAUGACUCGAGGAACAGUCAUGUCAUUGAAUUACAAAGUAGAAGGAAAAUGAAACUGUUUGUAGGGGCCAUGCAUCAUAACAAUCAUGUUUGAAAUUGCCUUCAAAUAUUUAUAUAUAAUGAAAUUGUGUCUUUUGAACAAAUAUUCACAACCCUUUUUUGCCUCACGAUUUUUCUUUCUUUUAAUGUAAAAUCUCAAUUCCUUUAAAAGUUUUUUCAAAAAAAAAAAAAAUAAACACUCUUUUACGUCAAAGAGAAGUUCAUUUCUUUUUUGUUAAUUGAUUAAUAAUUGAUGAAGGAUGAAGUCAUAAAUAACAUUUAUACAAUUUAAUUGUUUAAUUGACAUUUGAAUUUCAAUAAUUUGUGAAUGAUUUUGUUUAGAAUUUGUAUUUAAAGAAUAAAAUUGUGAAAUUGUGAUAUUUUGAAAUUUUCAUAUUUUGUAGAUGUCGUGAUUUUUUUAUAGACUCAGGUUUAAUACCUAAAAAGUUUUGUUAUAGAUACCAGUUUAUUCAACCGUGUUAUUCGGUUUUAUCUGAUUUAGUCUUGCAAUUCGACCAAUAAAUCAGUAAUCCAGUGAUCCACUAAGUCACUAUGUUUAUUCUAGUGGUGAAGAAUUUGGGUAGUACACAGUAUUUUAUUACGGAACAAGUUUGAGUCUAAAUAUAAAAAUAUUUUUUGAAAGCUCAAACCAUAAGUACUAAAACCUCACAAUUGUGGCUUCAAAAUAAUUUCUCAUCAAACUAUACCUCUAUUGAAUUCCUCAAAAUUUGCAAAUCGAUUUUCUCUGUACACAAUGGAAACAAUCAAACAAAAAAUGAAAGCAACCAGAGAAGCGUUGGUCGCUGAGUAUCAAGAACGAUUUUAUCCCCAAUAUUAUCAGGUUCAUUAUUGCAUCACAUGAUACUCCUAUUGUUUUAAAUAUUGCAAUCGCGUGGCAAUUUUAUAUAUUGUAGAGAAUUGCAGUCAAAUGCUGCCAAUGCGACCGCAAAUAUUGUGGUCACAUUGUUGUUUUAGCUAGCUACAUUAAAAAAUUGUUAUAUAAUGACCUAGACUGUGAUCGUGGACCUUUAUUUUAAAACCAUGCUCCGUUCUAAUAAUUUUAUCUAAUGAUUGCGCGUGUACUCGUUAAAUAUCUAGUAAUACUAAUCGGUAUUGCUAAUGCCUAAUAGUAGGCUACUUAUGAAGACUUCGAAGAGUGGUGUAAGAAAUAUGACAAAACAUACUCUUCGGAGAGAGAAAAACGCUACAGAUUCAAAGUGUUUAAGAGAUGCUAUGCAUCGGUCACUCGUCACAAUCAAGUGGGAGAUCCUAGUUGGACCGCCGGCCUCAAUCAUAUGUCUGAUCUCACCUGGGUUGAAUUCGCAACCACGCGUUGUUCGGAAGGAAAACCAUCAUCAAUUUUGUUAUGGUACUUGUUAUUUCUACUAUAUACCCCUAUAAAAAAAUUAUUGUACUCACUUGAUUCCACAAGUUUAAUUAAAAUAAAAAAUAAAAAUAGUUUCAAUGUCAAAUUGGAAGAAAAAAUUAAAGGGGGUAAUGUGCUAUCAAUUUUUGCUUUUGUUGUGCAAUAAUAACUUGGUCCACACGGCAUUGAUAUUUACUCAAAACAAUCAUGAUUAGGGCCUUUUAUUUGGUUAAUUAUACUUGGCAUUGUACUAUUAUUAU